UGUCUGAGUUGAAAUCUUGACUUUGCCAUGUACUAGAUGCAUGAUGUGCACAAGUCGUGUAAUUUCUCUGGGCUUGUUGACAUUAUCUGUAAAAUGGGGAUAAAAACACCUACCUUGUAGAGUAUUGUGAGAAUUAAGUAAUACACCGAAAAUGCCUAGAACAAUGGCUGAGACAUAGGAGCACUAUGUACUUGCCAUUAUUACCAUUUCUGUUCUUAUUUUAGCUGCUACCUCACCUCUCUGUGCCCACGCUGUCCCUCCCAGCCAUUGGUGCUGCGCCCAAAUUGGCAGGUUUUGAUUGAGGAAGUGCUUUGGAGCAGGUGCAAAGCCCCACACCCAGGACUUCAUCAGCCCUUACCAGACUGGAGCAACCAAGUCCAGGCCAAGCCCAAGCAGAGCCAGAGCCAGGACCUCAGAACCUUCAGGGGGCCUGAAGCAACCCUUCCUUAGCAGGCAGCUCCAUCCCAUGCCUCUGCUGCUAUGACAUCACAGAAGCCCUUGGUGACAUCACAAACCCUUCAUCCUGUGGCUGAGCAGGGGUUGGGAAGACCAAGUAGGGGCUGAAAUGAGGUUAAUUUGGUGCUCAAUUUCUGCCCACGUGCCCCUACAAAUGCCCACCGGGGAUUAAAUUUGGCACUCAGCUUGGGCCAUACCCCAUUGUUCAUUUCUCAGGAACCAGCAGAUGCUACCACCACAGCCACUGUAACAUCACAGGGGCCUUUGGUGAUACCUCUUCAGAGGACUGGGCAGGAGGGGAUAUUACUCUUGGGGGCCAGGAGGGUGUGUCUUGGACUGAAACCAAGAACCAAAAUGGAGUUGGCCACUAGUGCACCUACCCUCCCCACCUCUCUCUCCCAUCCCCAUCCCCACUCCCUCACUGGGCCCUGCUUAGCCCCUCCCUAAAUGGGGAGGGAGGGGCCACCAGAGUCAGGGAAGGGAGGGACCGUUGGAAUUAUAAAUUCCAAAAAGGCCACUCAACUCCCAGAACCCAACCCGGAAAUUCUACUCUGUCGGCUGCUGCUACCGCUACCACUCUCAAGACACUCACCAUGAAAGGCUUUCUGCUGCUCAUCCUGUCUGCUCUGCUCUGCUGGGUCUCAGCUGACAUUCGCUGUCACUCCUGCUACAAGGUCCCUGUGCUGGGCUGCGUGGACCGGCAGUCCUGCCGCCUGGAACCAGGACACCAAUGCCUGACAACAAAUGUGUAUCUCGGUAAGAUGUGGGUUUUCUCCAAUCUCCGCUGCGGCACACCAGAAGAGCCCUGUCGGGAGGCCUUCAACCAAACCAGCCACAAGCUGGGCCUGACCUAUAACACUACCUGCUGCAACAAGGACAACUGCAAUAGCCCAGCCCCUCGGCCCACCCCGGCCCUGGCCCUUGUCCUUGUUACCUCCUUGGCUGGCCUUGGCCUCUGGCUGUUGCACUGAAAUCCACUCCGUGGUUGCCCCUCCUCCCACCUGCCUUGGCCUGAGCCUCUCUUCUUCUGUCUUUGUAACCUCUGCUUCCCUUUGCUCAGAAAAGCAACCCUCCAGACCCUUCACAUUUCUUUGCUUAGACAGUGGUCUCCCGCUCCAUCCUUCCACCCCACACCCUCCACUCUGCUUUUCCGGAGUCCUUCCCCAUUUCCCUGAACACCACUCCAGAUCCUCCAUGGCCUCCUAAAAGGCCCCCCCCCCUUUGCCUCCUGCACUCUCCCAUGCCCUCCUUGGGGAGGGAUUGGAAUCUGGGCUGGAAAUGGGGGUUCUGCCCUGUCCCCAGUGAAGGCUCCCAAGAAGGACCUGAUGACCUCAUUGUAUGAGCUGAUUCCCCACACCCUGGCUGUCAUAUGUGCCCCAGCCUCAUUCUCACCCCUUUCCAUUUUGAGUAAUAAAUGUCUGUAUCUGA